UGUGGGACAAGAAUGACCUGGAGACAACGAGCCCAGGGGCUGGGGAAGGUGGUUGUGGGGGUGAGUGCUGUCACAGGAGCCUUAGUGGCCAUUUACCUUCAGAAGAAAAGCCCUGAAGACAGAAUAGCGGCCACGUCAUGGACGACAAACUUCAAACCCAGCAUCAUUUGGGACUCCAACUGGGACAAACGAGAACCAGAUUCCCUGGUUAAAGUGUCUAAAGACAACCCUGAUCCUAAACAGCAGAAGGACUAUGAGAACUUGGUCAUGAAGAACACCCCCAAGGCGACAAGACAUCUGAUACUCAUACGUCAUGGAAACUACAAUCUGGAUGGGGAGACGGAUCAGAUGAGGUACCUGACGAAACUGGGUAGAGAGCAGGCAGAGUUGACAGGACUAAGACUUCAGGCUCUCAACAAGCAGUAUCUGAAGCUGGUUUCCUCGACAAUGACCAGAGCUGUGGAGACUGCUGACAUUAUCCUGAAAUCCCUGCCUAAAGACCUGCCUGUAGAGAGAAGUGACCUGCUGAGAGAGGGUGCCCCUAUCCCACCUGAGCCCCCUCUGGGCAGCUGGAGACCUGAGAAACAGCAGUUUUUUGAAGAUGGAGCGAGGAUAGAGGCAGCAUUCCGACAUUACUUUCACAGAGCUAGUCCAGAUCAGACAACAGACAGUUAUGAAAUUAUUGUGUGUCAUGCUAAUGUUAUAAGAUACUUCGUCUGUAGAGCUCUCCAGUUCCCGCCCGAGGGUUGGCUGAGGAUGUCUCUGAAUCAUGGCAGCAUCACCUGGGUCACCAUCCGUCCCUCAGGCAGGGUGGUUCUCCGGGCCCUAGGGGAGGCGGGCUUUAUGCCACCCGCCAAAAUUUCCUCCAUGUGAUGAAAGACAGUAGUUAGGCCAUCAUUAGGUACUAUGUUAAUAAGUAUGUAGAGGCUGUGACUAGUCUAGCAUUUCAGACGAGGCAUUUUGUGGACAGUCAGGUAGCGGAGCUGAUCACAAGUUGCAAAUACAACAACAGAAUAUAAGUUGUACCCUAGACUCCGUACAGCGCACGUGCCACUCUCUACCCUCGCUUUACCUCAGUUACACUACUAGACAAGCUUGACAUGGUGUUUUCUAACAUCACUUUCUGCCUCAUCACCAUGAUCCCAACAGUGUUGUUGUGUUUCCUGACAUCACUUUCUGCCUCAUCACUGUGACCCCAUCAGUGUUGUUGUGUUUCCUGACAUCACUUUCUGCCUCAUCACCGUGACCCCAACAGUAUUGAUGUUUCCUAACAUCACUUUAUACCUCAUCACUGUGACCCCAGUAAUGAUGUUGUGUUUCCAAACAUCACUUUCUGCCUCAUCACUGUGACCCCAGUAAUGUUGUUGUGUUUCCUGACAUCACUUUCUGCCUCAUCACCGUGACCCCAACAGUGUUGUUAUGUUUCCUGACAUCACUUUCUGCCUCAUCACUCUAACCCCACUGAACUUUCCAUGCAUGUCAGGUAGUGAUAGCCAAUCAGUCGUGAGAGGCAUAAACGUAUAUGUGGUUGUUGUUCUGGAACUUUGUCUGCUCCAAUUCCGGACUGUCCACAAGACGCCAGGCAGCAUGAGAUGGCAUGAGAUUGUGAAAGACUAAACUCAGACAUGAAUGCAAACAUUGACAUCAGAUGCCUGAUUUUUACUUAAGCAAACAUACCAUGGCAGUCAGGCAGUAGGCCUAAUGAUAAGAUCUGUCCCUGAUAGUUGCCAUGGUUGCCAUGGUAACAGUGCAUGUCCUGCUUACAUGUGAAAUGGUCCUAGAGAUUCACUUUUGAGUAGCACAAAGAAUAGAUCA